AUGGAUGAAGAAAAUAUAUGUAAAGCGUUAGAAUACAAUGAUUCCGAUUUGUCAUCAGAUAUUGAUGAUGACAUUUUGGAUCCAGAUUUCACUUUACCGAGCCAUGAAGAAGAUGAUUUAGAUGGUAUACUUGUUUUUAACUCAGAUAAUGAUGAAGGUAGUGAAGUUGAACAAUGUCAAACUGGAUUAGGACCUGAAGUAAUUAUUGAAGAAACUAGUGAAGUUGAAGAACGUGAAACUGUAUUGGGACCUGUAGUUAUUGAAGAAACUAGUGAAGAAGAAACGCCUUCUACUUCUACAUGUAAGAAACGAAAACGUGAUCCAAAAAAUUGGAAAAGAAAUGUUUUAAAAACUAAAAAAGCAACGGGUGAACAGUUUAUUAAUAUUCAAAAUAAAUUAAUCCCUCCUAGAGUUAUUGGUCUUGAUUGUAAAUGCACAAAACAAUGUUUUAUUAAUAUAUCUGAUGCCGAUAAAAAUGAGUUGAUAUCAUAUUUUAAUUCUAUUGGGGAUAAAUGCAAGCAAGAUACACUAUUAGGUGGACUUAUGGCUGCAACUUGUUAG